CAACGACGGAAAGAUUAAACACAGCCACACCCGCGGAGAUUUCUGCGUGUUUAUUUCCCAGCCAUGACUUCAAGGAUAAUACUGCUUCUGCUGUUCCUCCUGUCUCUCAGCGUGCAGACGUGCUUUUCUCAAGACGACGAUGACCGUAAGAAUUCAGUGAGAGGUUUCACUGGCACAGAGACCAAUGAUGGGAUCUGGGUAGGCUCCCGGGCCCAGCAGGUCCUGACCAGCAGACUCACAACUGUCUUCCUCCCGAUCAUCUACAUCAUUGUGUUCGCUGUUGGCCUGCCCGCUAACGCCUUGGCCGUCUGGGUGUUCCUCUUCAGGGCUAAGAAGAAGCAUCCAUCAUCGAUCUACAUGGCUAACUUAGCUCUGGCUGACCUGCUUUUUGUCAUCUGGAUCCCUUUAAAAAUUGCAUACCACUUCAAUAACAAUGACUGGAUCUACGGAGAGGGGCUGUGCAAAGUGCUGGUGGUGUUCUUUUACGGGAACAUGUACUGCUCCAUGGCCUUCAUCACAUGUAUCAGCGUGCAGCGGUACUGGGCCGUGGUCAGCCCGCUUUCUCAGCGGCAGAGAUCUAACUGUACUGCCGUAGCCGUCUCUGUGACAAUCUGGGUGGUGGUCUGGCUCAUCACGAUCCCCCUCUACCUGUACGACCAGGAAGUACGCUCCAGGAAUCUCCACAUCCGUACCUGCCAUGACAUCACCAGGCCCGGUCAGAUCAAAACAGCAGCAGGCUACUUCCUGACAAUGGGGACUGUAGGAUUCAUCGUCCCAACAGUCAUUUGCAUCAUCUCUUAUGUCCUCAUGCUCAAAGCGCUCAGGAACACCAUGGAGGACCCCAACAUCGCCAAGAGGCGGCGGAAAGCAGUGGUUUUAAUCAUCACGGUCCUGGUGAUGUUUGUAGUGUGCUUCACUCCCAGUAACAUCAUGCUACUGGUGCACUAUAUCCUCCUCUUAAGAGAAACUAAACACAACUUGUAUGGGUUUUACAUCACCACCCUGUGCCUGGCCAGUCUCAACAGCUGCUUUGACCCUUUUGUUUACUACUUCAUCUCCGAGGAUUUCAGGGAGCACGUGAAGAACACGUUCCUGUGCCGAAGCGAGAGGACGGUGGAGAGGAUGAGGGUCUCCUUCAGUGCUCUGAAGCACUCCAAGAAGACCAACACGUACUCUUCAUCAGGGGACACUCAGAGCACUGACUGCUAGUUGGUUUAAAGGGUAAAUCAAGGGUUUUAUUUUUCAAACUUGGGCUCAAGGGCUGGCAAAUAUGGACCCAAAAUCAUAUCUUAAAAUACCGUAGCUGAAUGCCACAAUAUGACAUUUGUUAGGGGUGUAUGAUACUUGAUUUUUGCAGAUAUCCAUAUGCAACUUUUUACAAAUUUAUUUACACCAAUAUCAGCUUAUAAAUGUAGUCCAGAACUAAAACUUCAGCCAUUAAAAACAAACUGAAAUAUUCAUACAUACAGCUGAUUUUUACAGUCGAUAUAUAGGUUGUAAAAAUCCCCAGAAAUGUUCAGAUCUAUCAAUACUGAUAUCAUGCUGUAUUAGAGCUCAACAGUGUGGUUCCAGAAGUAAAAUUCCCAUUCAUUUCCUCCAUAGCAAAUUUGAUUAUGAGCCAUACUUGUCAGAAGAAUCCAAGUUAGACUUACCACGAGUUACCUGAGUGUUAAACAAUGGUAUAUGCUUCUGUAGAAGACAAAAGUAUGUAAUAUAUAAACCUUGUUUUAAGAAAAACAUUAUUCAUUUGCUAACCUUUCAAAAAAAUACUACAAUACCCACAAUCCUAGAGUGUCACAGCGAUGUCCCUGGAAGUGACUUCUGCCCCCAGAACAAUGCUGAACACUACAAUAAAGAUAAGCACAGAAAAAGGUACUUACAUGGUUUGAAAGCUUGAAAAACUAGCCAUAAACUAAUUAAAUGAAGUGCAAUGGAUUGUGGGAUAUGUAGUUUCUUCAUCCUCAUAAGAGAAUUUGUGCACAGUCUUGUACCUUUGUCUUUUUAUCUGUUUUUGAACACCAUUUUUGCGCUGAGUCAAAUGUUUUAUAGUCAUGAGUGUUCAAGUAGAUGGUCAGCUUGUCUCUUGUGUUUGAAGUGAUGUAAUAAGGAUUUAGCAAAAUAUCAGUGGAGGAUUUUAACGCUGAAUUUUGUUCCCAGAAAAGGCGUAACUAAAAAGUGGGUGUGCAUCUUUGAGAGCUCAACAGUGAUGCUGGUUUAAGAGGCAAAAUUUUCCAUUCAAAUCCUCCAUGCACUUUUUUUGCAAAGUCCUUCUUAUAAUGCUUUGAAAGUAUGAGCCAAGCUAUUUAGCUACCUGAAUACUUAAGACUAUUAGACAUUAACUUUGGUGCAAAAAAGCAUUUGACAACUGAGAAAAAGGCAAAUGUACAAGACUGCAUACAUAUUUCUCCACAAAAUUGAAAGAACUACGUAUCCCACAAUCCAUUGUGAUUCAUUUUGUUGGUUGUUCAGGGCAGUUUUUCAACCCAUGUCGGUAUCUUUUAUCAACAAUUAUCUUUACAGAAGAGUUUACAUUUUAAAUGAUAAAUUUAUAGUAUUAUCAUAGUUUGAGUAUUUACCACUUCAAACUACCGAGAAAUGAAUUAUUGUCAUCGUUUGAGGGCACAGUAGACAUUUCCAUGGUUACCAGAGGCCUCAUCAAUGAGAGGCAUCACUGUGACACUAUAGGAUUGUGGGUAAUGUAGUGGUCUUGGCAAGAUGGCAAUUAAAAUAUGUUUUCCUUAAACUUUCCCAAACUUUUGUCUUCUAAAAGAACAUAUAUCAUUGUUUUACUCCCAGGUGGCUCAUGGUAAGUCUGACUUGGAUAUUUCAGAUUAUAUGGCUUAUAAUUAAAACCACUAUGGAGAAAAUAAAGGGGAUUUCUCUCUCCGAACUAAAGUGCUGAGCCCAAUAGCAUACAACCCUAAAAUACAUCCCUGUAUUUUUCUGUAAAGAAAUAGAUAGUUGGCGUAGUUCAAAAAUGACUAACUUUGGUAUGAUUUUAUGAAGAAUCAAUGCAUAAACCUAUUUGAUACCACAGCAGCUCAGAUGGUAGACACUGAACCCCAUUACAGGUCAUUUUAUCAUUUAUAAUUAAGUAAAUGCAGACAAUCUCCCCAAACCUGUCUAAACUGUACAAAAACAUUGGCAACAUUGCCAUCUAUUGAGGUGGUCAAAAUGUUUUACACGCUGAAGACAAGUUCAGACCAAAGAUUCGCAACGAGACAAGCUGAAACUCGCUAGUCAGUCUGCAAUGUUCUGAAAGCCUGUCAGUUAACACCGCUGCAGCUGAAGGAGACGAGCUAUCAUUGCAUAGCAACAACCGCCAGUCUGUCAAUUUAAAGUAGUUUAUAUUCUAAGUUACUGCGCAAUAAAUCGGUCUAUACAAGAAGUAGAGUCCUGUACAUUUACUGUUUUUUUCUGUAUUUUUAUUGUAAUGCUAAUGUAUAUUAUUAGGCUGCAUGAUUCUGGCUUAUCAACAAUUAUUUGUCAUUACCAUUCUAGCAAAGCAGUGCAGGUUCCUGGCAGGGGAUGGGAGUGUUUAUGAGGCUGAAGUUUCCUUGUGAGAAAUAUACUCCAAAUAGAAGCAUUUCAGAAACUCAUGGCAUGGUUUUAUCUUACUAGAUUAUCUUCUCUGAACAAAUAUUUGUUGGCCUUUAUAGUACGUCUUUAUCUCUGAUUCUCUAUUUAUCUGCUUGCAAAAACCAGCUACAGACAACCUGACAAACUGAAUCACAGGAAACUUGCAACAUCUCAGAUCACAACGCUGCAACGGUCCUCUACUGCAUUCUCGAAUCCCCAUUUAUUAAUGAUGAGUUGUUAAAAAAAGUACGAAAACUUCAUGAUCUUCAGUUACAUUUUUAAUCAAAAGAGUACACGAGCUCUGUCUUAAUUGAACAAAUAUGCUGGCAACAUUUGGAAUAGUGGAUAGAAUUUGCGAGGAGCACUUACUACACGUUUUCCAACUGUGUCCAACACAUUUGUGCAAUCUAGACAUUGUUUAAAAGGUUUGAGAACAAAAAAAAUGAUAAAUGACCCAAUAUUGGAUGUUGGGUUUGUUUUAUUACUGUGGUAUCAAACAUACUUCCAUAUUAUUUGCUUUUACUGAUAAAUAAACUAUUUAUAUGAUAAUAUUCUAAUAUUCCUGUAAUAUUUAGACAACUCUAACAUGAACUAUAUCCAUAAUUACAACAUUUAGCCUAUAGCUCCUCUGAAUGUGUAUCAAUACAGAGUAUAUUUUAUAAACAGGAGAAACUUGAUUUAUUUCCCAGUCCUGUUUCGCACCAUUGCUUUUAACAUAUUUUGGGAUUAAAACUGACAGGAUUUGGAAUCGCUCCAAUAGUUUUGCUUAGUCAGCAGCUGUAAUGUCGGCCUUUUAACACCUGCGGGUAAAAGCGCCUGUUCAAAGUACAUCCUUUAUAAGUGCUUGUUUUUGCCGCUGAGUAUGUUGUUCCAUGUGUCUGGUUUUCUAAGCAGAACCCUUACAGAUACCUUGUUUAAACAGAAACAGGCUUUUUUGUAAGCAGAAACGGUGGUCAUACUAGUCCAUCUCCAAGACCCGAAACUCCACAAACACAGCAGCAAACAGGAGAUACUGCUGUUGUCCUAAGCCGUCUGUGUGAAUUUGUGUUGAAGUUGAUGAAAAGUAGCCUCAACUAGCAACUGUUGUGUGCCGUGAAGUGAAAUUGCUAUAUUUAAAAACACAGUCUGGUUGCAGAGAUGGCACUACAGCAGCUGCUUCAGGUUAAAAAUGGGUAUCUCCCUGUUUAACAAGAAGGUUUAUCUCUGUGGGGAUCACUUCUGCAAAAUCAUCAGACAUUGAUACACUGGAAAAGAUAACCAGAGGAUUUUAGCAGCAUUCUGGUCAUAUGGCAUGUAACACCUGCAAAUGCGGUAACUGCCCACAAACAUGAUUAACCACUAGUGUGAUACAAAUCUUCAGUAUUUAUUGUAAUAAUCUCACAAAAAUUGUAAUAGCAGUUCCUUACUGCAAACCUAACAACUGUUAUAUUUGCAAGUUGCUUUUCAAGAGACUUUAAACACUCAUAGAAUUAAUCUUAGCAGAGUGGAUUAAAGUGUGUGAAAACAGACUAGAAAAAUGACUUCCUCUUUCAUGGCAAACAAAAAUUUACAUUUGGUUUAAUACGUUCGUGAGCAGUUUCUAAAUUUGCAGGCAUGACAUGGCAUGAUCUACUGAGGCAAAUCCAACACUUUAUAAUACUGUUUUUUGUUAUUUAGACCUCGAAAUAGUAACAAAAAAGGCCCAGUUUUAAAAACACCGGAAUUUCCCUUAAAGAUAUUCAUUAAUACUCCGUUAAAAUAUGAAACGGGUUUCUGUAUAAAAUCUGCUGUGAAGAAUUUAAGCAAUUGUGUGUGCUACAGACCUCCUACAAGCUUCAAGCUGGCUAAGUUACUGUUUUAUUUUUGUAAAUAUAUGAUUUUUUUUUAUACUUGAUGUUGACUUUUAUUUAAUGCACUUUGCUGAUGAUUUUUAAUUCAAUAUAGCUGGAAUAUGAUUGAUUUCCUUUGACAUUUUAAGUCCAUAGUGUUCAUUGUAAUGAUUUUUUGCCUGAUUUUUUGACAAUGUGCCAAAGGCCUUUGAGACUCAAAAGGCUAAAAGCUGUUUCUGUUGGUACAAGUUUUACCUUGAAUGUUGUUUUUAAAGUCAUUUUAACUUGUAGAAUUUUUAAAUUUGCCAAUAAAAAAAUUCAAAUUAAAUGUA